AUGUCCUACUUAAUAAAUAAUAGUUUUAUAUCAAAUGCUACAAAUGAUAUUGAACAAGAACUUUUAUUGGAUCCAAUAAUUCCAUCUAGUCCAGUACAAUUUUGGACAUUUCUUAUUUUUCAAGUUCCAUCUCUUGCUUGUACAAUCUUUCUCCUCUUUCAUUUAUUAUCCGAUCGAAAAUUACGUACAGCGUUACAUAACCAUAUUGUUAUUAUUUUACUUCUUCUUACUCUUUGUAUUGAAAUAUUCGAUAAUCCAUUAUAUAUGGAUGCUUAUCGUUUGGGUGGAUAUAGAAACUCAUUUCCCUUGACACCAUCUAUUUGUCUUAUGUGGUGGUUGAUUGAUUAUGGAUUCUAUGGUGCUAUAUCAGUAUUUCUUGCAUGGGGCUCAUUUGAACGUCAUAUUCUUAUUUUUCAUCAACAGUUAUUUCGAACUCAAAAACAAAAGUUCUACAUACAUUAUCUUCCUUUAAUAAUCAUUUCAAUCUACAUUUUUGGAUUCUAUAUAUUUGUAAUAUAUUUUCCACCAUGUGUAAAUACAUUUGAUUAUACAUCACCAUCAUGUGGAUCAUCUCCAUGCUAUGAGGAUAUAUCAUUUCUUAAUUCAUGGGAUUAUAUUGUCAAUGAAAUCAUUUGUACAUUUCUUGAAACAGUAUUUAGUAUUGGUCUUUUAGUUCGUGUUCUAAUACAGAAACGUCGUAUUCGUCAACCAAUAAGUUGGCGCAAACAUCAAAAGAUGGCAUUUCAAAUUUUAUCAAUGUCAUUUUUAUCAUUAACAAUAAUCUUUCCUCAAUCAUUAAUUUUUGUUGUACGGCAAGUCGGUGGAGAAAACAUGAAUAAUUUUGCAUCUGGUGUUGACCCAUAUUUCUUUUACUUAUAUACAUUUGUAGUAUUUCUAUUACCAUUUACAUGUCUCAGCUGUUUACCAGAAGUUUGGCCAAAAUUCUUAUUUGUUAAAUCAAAACAACAAACUAAAGGUGCAGAAAUCCGAAAAGCAGCAUAUCGAUGUGAAUUGCAACGGUGGUAA